AAGAAUACGGCAAAUCAAAUAUGAAAUUUAAUUUGCUUUGAUUGUUUAACGAUGUGUACGUGUAAAUGAGAUUAUAACAACUUUAACAGUACAUACAGAAUUUUGCACGUAUUUCACCUCGGUUACGUUAUGAUGUUUUCAUUACAACCCUAUUCCCUUGGUAAUUUGUGGUUAAAAUGUUAAUAAUGUAUUUUUUAAAUAGAAAUUACAAUGGACGGGGACGGAAAAAUUAGUGGAGAUAUAAGACAGCGGCAAGUGUACAAUGAAAAGUCCUUAAAAGACAGAAGAAUGGUGGAAGGAGGGCAAGAAUUCGAUGAAGACAGUGAAUUAUCAUCAGAUACAUGUGUCUUACUAAAUAGAGGUGAAACGUCUGCUAAACCAGAGACAAUAAUUGUAUCAGUAGAACCACUAUGGGCAACGGCGAUCCAAAUGUUCAUACCGUUCCUGCUUGCGGGAUUCGGUAUGGUAGCAGCAAGUUUAGUAUUAGAUAAAGUGCAACAUUGGCCAGUUUACCAAAAUGUGACUGAAGUUUAUAUACUUGUACCUGCAUUACUAGGCUUAAAAGGGAACCUGGAAAUGACUUUAGCCUCCAGGCUCUCCACACAUGCUAAUUUAGGCGAUUUAGACAGUCCCAAGCAGAAAGUCAGUUUGAUUACAGGGAAUCUCGCCUUAAUAUUAUGUCAAGCAAUCGUCGUUGGGUUUUUAGCUUCCAUUGCAGCCGUUAUAUUUGGCUGGGUUCCCACCGGAGAAAUUAACAUUAAACAUGCCCUCUUGCUCUGCGCCAGUAGCAUCGUGACAGCAUUUGGAGCAAGUUUCAUUCUCGGUUUAGUUAUGGUGGGCGUUAUAAUGUUUUCGCGUUACUUCAAUAUAAAUCCUGAUAAUGUUGCUACACCUAUAGCCGCAAGCUUGGGAGACCUUACCACUCUCGCUUGCUUAUCGUGGCUAGCAUCGACUUUUUACUACACUAUGGACAGUCACCCUUACUUAACGUCCAGUUUGAUAGUUAUGGGGUUAUCGCUGGUGCCGGUAUGGGCUUGGAUCGCGAGCCAGAACGAACAUACACAUAAAGUGCUCUUCACGGGGUGGAAUCCCGUCAUCACUGCCAUGAUCAUAAGUAGUGUGGGUGGGUUAAUUUUGGACUUCACCGUGUCGACGUUCAAAGGCGUGGCAGUUUUCCAGCUAGUCAUUAACGGUGUCGGGGGGAAUUUAGUUGCGGUGCAAGCCAGCCGUAUAUCGACAGAGUUGCACCGUAUCGGCGAGCCUGGUCACCUGCCGCAACACAUGCAGAUUUGCAUAAGUCCCUGUUCGGCAUUCUGCGACAAACGCGAGACCAGCCACGCGGGAACCGCGCAAAUGUUGAUGCUUAUGGUUAUACCGGGACAUUUAAUUUUUUCGUACACCAUCAGUUACUUACAAGCGGGGCAUACGUCGUUUACAUUUAUUUUUAUGGUCGUGUAUUUAUCUGCGGCACUCUUGCAAGUAUUUCUGUUGUUGUAUAUUGCGCAAGUUAUGACUCUGAGUAUGUGGAAACAUGGUGUUGAUCCUGAUAACUCGGCUAUUCCAUACUUAACUGCUCUGGGGGAUUUACUAGGUACUUUACUUCUCGGUAUUGCGUUUCAGUUCCUUUAUCUCAUUGGAGACAGAGAUAGCGAUGUCGGGGAUUAACGUUUUAUUUGAUUAUGCCAUAUUAAGGGGCCAUAUACUUAAUUUUAUAGGUGAAUUAUUAUAAUUAAAAAAACGUGUUGAUACUUAAAAAACUGAAAAAAUUGGUGCUAUUAUAGGUAUACAGUUUUCUAUUGUAAACCUUUGCUUUAAUCCAAAAUGAUGAAAAUGCUUUUCACAGUAGUUUUAUUAUUGAGUAAAAAAUACCUGUAAAAACAUGUUUAAGGGUUUAAAACGUGAUAUUCUGCAAUUCCUGUAAACUACUAUAUAAAUUUGUUUAUAAAUAAAUAUCUUUUCACUUGA